AAUAAUUAUUACUUAGGUAUCAGGUUAUAUAUUUUCAUUCAAUAUUUUUUGUAAUUUUCAUAAAUUUUAACAAUGAAUACUAAAUUAAUUUUAUUAUUUACAAUCGUUAUUAUAAAUUGUGUUGUUAAUUCUAAUGGACAGAAAACGUGUUCGGGAGCAAAUCAAGUAUGGAAUGAUUGUGGAACAGCAUGUCCAGAAACAUGUUCCAAUUACGACCAGGAUGUUAUUUGUACAGAGCAAUGUAUAGUUGGAUGCGCCUGUAAAGAAGGUACUGUUCUUAAUGACCAGAAAAAUUGUGUACCAAUAUCACAAUGUCCCUAGAUGUAAAUAAACGAUAUUAUGUAGGGGAUAUGGAACAUUAUAUUUAAAAAAUAUUAGAUGUAAUUUUAAAACUCCAAU